AUGGAAUAGUUAGGUUAUAAACCUGAAUAAAACAUUCCUGUUGACCUCUUUAAAUUUUCCUUGUUACAACACUUCAAGGAUAGUAUUAAUUUGAAAUUUUAACUUGAUAAAUUGAAGCUUAAGGCUGAAAACUUGUAGAUGAGUCAGCAAUCUAUAAAGGCAAGCCUUAGUUAGGUCAACUAGAACUUGCCUUAAGGGAAACCAAUUAUUAAGACAGAAUAGAUCAUUUUCAUCAAUCACCAUAAAAACAACUAAUUACACUCUAAGAAUAAAAAUUUCAAAAAAGAAAGGCACAACUUAAUUGACAAAAGAAAACUAACCACAUAUUAUUUCUCUAUAAGGGACGAGAUAAAAAUCUAUCCAAACUCUCAAGAAAAAGCAUAACAAAGAAUUAUUGUAUGUUGA